AUGAAUUUGAUCGAGUUAAAUUCCAUAAGGAAUUUGCUAGUCGGACUUCCAGGUGUAGAUGGUCUCUCGACUGAACAAAGAAAGAGACUCACAAUAGCCGUUGAGUUGGUUGCUAAUCCUUGCAUUAUCUUCAUGGACGAGCCCACAUCAGGGCUCGAUGCAAGGGCUGCAGCCAUUGUCAUGCGAACAGUCAGGAACACCGUUGAUACAGGUAGAACAGUUGUCUGCACAAUUCACCAACCAAGCAUCGACAUUUUUGAAGCAUUUGAUGAGCUUUUGUUGAUGAAAAGAGGUGGUCAAGUUAUUUACACUGGACCUCUCGGACACCAUUCCGACCUACUAAUCGAAUACUUCCAAUCAAUUCCAGGGGUUACCGAGAUAAAAGAUGGUCAAAAUCCAGCGACAUGGAUGCUUGAUGUCAGUUCUUCCAUGGUUGAAGCUCAUCUUGGUAUUGAUUUCGCAACAACCUAUGCUAAUUCAGAACUGUAUAGGAGGAACCAGGAGCUCAUAAAGGAGCUGAGCACACCAGCACCAGGAUCCCGAGACCUCCAUUUUAAGACAAAGUACUCACAAUCGUUUUUCACACAAUACAAAGCAUGUUUUUGGAAACAACGUUUGUCUUACUGGAGACAUCCACAAUACAAUGUUGUUCGGUUCUUAAUGACAACCAUAAUCGGGAUUAUUUUCGGGAUAAUCUUCUGGAACAAAGGCCAACAAACGAGUCGACAACAAGAUCUAAUGAACAUGUUGGGAGCAAUGUAUGCUGCUGUUAUGUUUCUUGGAGGAACCAAUACUUCUUCUGUACAAGCUGUAGUAUCCAUUGAAAGAACCGUUUUCUAUCGCGAGAAAGCUGCAGGGAUGUAUUCACCACUCCCAUAUGCAUUUGCUCAAGUUGCAAUCGAGGUGAUUUAUGUUUGCAUUCAAACGUUCAUUUACAGUCUUCUACUUUUCUUGAUGAUUGGAUUUGCAUGGUCAGCUAGAAAGUUCUUCUGGUUCUACUUCUUUGUGUGUAUGUGCUUCACUUACUUCACAUUAUACGGGAUGAUGCUUGUAGCCCUCACUCCAAACUACCACAUUGCUGCCAUUACCAUGUCCUUCUUCCUCAGUUUCUGGAACUUGUUCUCUGGCUUUCUUAUCCCUAGAACACAAAUUCCGAUAUGGUGGAGGUGGUAUUACUGGGGUUCUCCGGUGGCUUGGACAUUGUAUGGGCUUAUUACAUCUCAAGUUGGUGAAAAUGAGAAUCUUGUUGAAGUUCCUGGAGCUGGUUCCAUGUCUGUGAAGGUGUUCAUCAAGAGUUUCUUGGGAUAUGAUUAUGAUUUUCUUCCUUAUGUUGCCAUGGCUCAUGUUCUUUGGGUUGUUCUCUUCUUUAUUGUCUUUGCUUGUGGAAUCAAAUUUCUUAAUUUCCAAAAACGAUAG